AUGCACGAGUUGCUUCUCUACGGCCAAGUGUCGGUCGCUCGCCAUGAUCAGGUCUUGAAAAUUCUUGCGGGGUUUGCUGCCAUGCAGCCCCGCCGCGUACUCCAGCGGCGCAUCAUCUAUAAGCCUGAGCGCGAGCCUGAGGAGCCUGGCUCCCACUUGCGCCGCGGUGGGACUCAGAAUGUUGCUGUGAAACAGAAGCAACAGAGCACGACGCCUACGCAGCUCUACUUCACCCACUUGGUGCAGAUUCUUUCGGAUGAGGACUUUGGGCGAGGUGACAGUAAAGCAAGUGACACCCUAUCUGCAGAUGUGGACUUUGAGGGUGGCGAAGAGCCACGAUGGUCGACUCUGUUCGAGGACAUACCAGACACUGGAGACAGAGGGGUCUCCAUUCGCUUCACCAACAGUAUCGAUCUCAUUGGAGGAGAUCCUCAUACCUUCAUGACUACCUCAGGACCUAACCGCUUCGUCACUGAGUACUAUGUCGAAGGACACCGCUUUGUUCACGGUAACGUCGUCAUCUUCCUGCACCGCAUACUUCACGAGCCCGCCGUUCGAAAUCUACAAACGAGACCCAAGGUCAACCCACCAGCGUUCGAUGCUUUGCAACUGUUGGAUCAGAGCGGCACCUAUGUCCUCGAGGCAAAGGUGCGCGUGCAAGACUUCAAAGAUGCGUCUGUGCUGGAGUUGGGUGUCAAUGAGCUCAAGGCAUUUCAGACUUCAAUGGGAGGCUGUGUAGAACUGUCGUUACCUGACCGUCUCACUAUGGACACGAGGGUCAAGUAUAAGCUGGCACCAGGAGUCGUCACGAAGGCGCAACAAGCGCAGGCACAGGCCUUGCAGAAUCUGUGA